AUGCUGAAUAAGAAGACUACGAAUGAGGAGAAGAAGUACGCGGUGUUGGCGUACAUGGGCGCCGACACAUAUACGAAGUUGUUCGACAGGAUUUCACCGGAACAGGAUCCGAACGACCUUACGUUCGACGAGAUCGUUACGAAGGUGAAGGAUUUCACCCAACCCGAUGCCAAUAAAUGGGCAGCACGGAUCGCGUUUCGGAAACUCGUCCAAACGUCCGGUGAGCCAUUACUCGAUUUUGAAAGCCGUCUUCGGAAAAUGUCGAUCGACUGCAAUUGGCCCGAUACAGAGAAACAGCUAAGCCUUAUAGAGCAGUUUAUCGCCGGGCUGACCGAUCGACAUACGAAACAAGCUUUAAUGGUCAAAUGCAAGGACAAAACGAAGUUCUCGGAAGUGUUCGCGUGCGCCGACGAAAUACGAAAAGCCCAAAAGGCAACGUCAUCCACUCAACCCACAUCGAACCCUGACGUCGAAGUCAACGCACUCCGAAUGCAACAGAAACGACGAUUUCCGGCAAGGAAUCAAGCACCUCGACAAACUGCUUCAAGUUCAUUAAAAUGCUACCGAUGCGGCAACCCCAACCACUUAGCUCCGAAGUGCCCGCAUAUCAACUCACGAUGCGACACCUGCGGAGUAGUGGGCCACUUAGCAUCGGCGUGCAGGAAGAAAAGAUUCCAGCAGAACUUCCUCGAAGAGUGUCCGGCGAACUUCAUGACUACAGCUGUGGAUCGAGACCCAAUCAUAAUGCAAGUACGUAUCCACGGAAAGCGAAUUGAUAUGGAACUGGACACAGGCUGUGCUCUAUCCACAAUGCCGUACUACAAAUUCGUCAAGAAGUUCCCGAAUCAUCAACUACAAGAAAACGACGUCCGGUUAAGAUCUCCAUCCGGGGAGAUCAUUACUCCAACAGCAUUCGCAUCAGUCGAAGUCGAGUUCAACGAGAACAUUCAGAACCUGCGUAUCUAUCUCGUGAAUCAACCAGAUUUCCCAACCCUCGCACCUAACCCGACACCAGUCUAUCAUCGACCGCGUCCGGUCGCUCACGCCUUGCUAGCGCUCGUCGACAAAGAACUCGAGCAUCUCGAGAAGUCUGGCGUAAUCAAGCGCGUUCAAGUAAGCGACUGGGCACAUCCAAUAGUGGUCGUUCCCCGUGCAGCUGGUAAGAAAGUUCGAAUUUGCGCCGAUUUCAAGGUUGGACUCAAUCGAUUCUUGAAAUUAGAAGAUCAUCCUUUGAAAUGCAUCCGGCAAGCGCUGGAUAAUCUCGGAACGGGACGCAAAUUCUCUAAACUUGACAUAUCGUCGGCAUUUCUCCACAUGCCAGUCAGAGAACAGGAUCAAAAAUUUCUAACGGUCAACACCCAUCGAGGGUUAUUCCAGUUUACGAGAAUGUCGAAUGGAUUGUCCAGUGCCGCCGCCGUCCGGCAAAGAUACAUCGAAGCAAUACUCGCAGGCAUCCCCGGAGUCGAAGUCGUCAUCGAUGAUAUCGUAGUAACAGCACCAACAGACGGCGAGCACCUUCAACGAUUAGAAGAAGUCCUAAGGAAGCUCGAUUCACAAGACAUACGGCUCAACAAAGAGAAGUGCGAAUUUUUCAAGGAGCAAAACCGUUUCUGCGGGUUUACGCUCAAGCACGGCGAGAUUCACAAAUGUGCUGAGAAAGUAAAUGCCAUUAGAAACGCUCCCGCACCAUCUUCGAUUACCGAAUUGAAAGGAUUCCUGGGAAUGAUUCAAUUCUACGCACCGUUCGCAAAGCAAUUAGCAGACAUUGCGAAUCCCCUAUACGAUGCGUUGAAAAGCGGUCGCGAAGCAAAAUUCAUCUGGACGCAGCGAAUGAACGAGGCUUUCAUCGCGCUCAAGGCAGAACUGAGUUCGCCACGAGUACUGGUAGCGUUCGAUCCAGCACGACCACUCGUGCUCGCGACCGAUGCGUCACCGUAUGGAAUCUCAGCGAUUCUAUCGCAUCGAUACGAAGACAAGACAGAGAGGCCGAUCGCGUACUAUUCGAGAACGCUGACGCCCACCGAGAGACGCUACACGCAAUUAGAGAAGGAAGCACUCGGUAUCAAAGCCGGAAUGGAUAAGUUCUUCUACUAUCUAUUCGGCAGGCGCUUCUUACUGUUAACUGACAGCAAACCCUUGGUUUCGAUAUUUUCCCCAUCAAAAUCGUUACCCCCCCUCAGUGCAACAAGAAUGCAAAAUUACAGCAUGUUCCUUACCGCGUUUCAGUACGACAUCGAAUACAGAAACACAACGCUGCAUGGGAAUGCUGACGCAUUAUCAAGGCUUCCCACGAAGAGCGAAGAGUUGACGUCGCUCCAAGACCAAGCCGAAGAGUGGUUAAUCAAUUACAUUGCAGAUGAAACACCGUUGAAUCUAAAGAGAAUAGCAGCAGAGAGCAAGAAAUCCAAGUUUAUCGUCUCGCUGCUAGCAGCAAUGAACUCGGACAGAAUCGGCUCUAACAAGUUCGCUACCAUCGACGUCUCCGAAUUCACGGUUCGUGGAGACGUACUCUUCAGAGGACACCGUGUUGUGAUCCCUGAAUCGUGUCAAAACGAGGUGUUAAAGGAGUUACACGAAGGACAUUUCGGAGCAAAAAAGAUGAAAGAACUUGCAAGACGACACGUAUGGUGGAAAACCAUCGACAGAGAUAUCGACACGAAGGCCAGCAUAUGUGAAAUAUGCCAGAUGCACGCGAAGAAUCCUGCGAGGUCGUACCACAGCUGGGAACCGGCGGAACACCCAUUCGAUCGAAUACAUCUCGACUUUGCGGGGCCAGUAGAAGGUCAGUACCUGUUGUUACUCGUUGAUGCCAACUCAAAAUGGUUAGAGAUAUCUGCAGCAAAAACGAAAACAACGGCAGACACGCUCAAGAUGCUCCGCGAGGUAUUCGCCAGGUUUGGACUCCCAAAAGUGAUAGUAUCGGACAACGACCCAACGUUCACAUCGCUGUCAUUCGAGACCUUCUGUCAAGAAAACGGAAUCGUUCACAAAACUUCCCCACCAUUCCACCCAGCUUCGAAUGGUCAGAUAGAAAGAUACGUUCAGACAACAAAGAAAGCACUCCAAAAGUUAAAGGCCGAGGGGAGCGGAGAAAAUCUCCAUAGCAUGAUCCAGCGAUUUCUGUUCCGGCAAAGACUGGUCAGCAGCGCCGCGACAAAUCGCAGUCCGGCAGAGCUCAUGAUCGGGCGCCAACUCAGAUCCAAAUUGGACGUGAUCAGUGAAGUGCCCGAAAUCCCGAGGAUCAGAGUGACCCCACAGUACCCGAAUGGCAAGUUCGCCGUGGGCGAUGAAGUCAUCGCAAGGAACUACAGCGGAUCUGCAAAAUGGGCAACAGGAACGGUGAUCAGAAUCCUCGGAAGGAAUACCUGCGUUGUAAAGGUACAGCGCGGAGAAUGGAAGAGACAUUUCAAUCAGCUAAGAAAAAGACAAAUCGCAUCGCCUCCAAAGGGAACACUACAAGAAGAGCAAGACGCCGAAGGAGACGAAAUUCCGUGGUACAUAUCGUCAGAUUGCGAGCAGAAUGGUAACGAGUCGCUCGUCUCUGAGGAUUCGUUUCUAUCGGCAGACAACUCAGCAUCGGAACUCGAGACGUCCAGUAUGCAGCAGCCAGCCAUAGUAGGCGCAUCGCCGCAGAUAGUUAGUAAUAGCACGCCGAGUUCCGAGGUAGUAAUCGAUGAGAUGAGUGAAACAGUUGGCGAUGAAGCUGUCGAGAGGUUGCGAGACCGUUCAGAAGAGCAAGUGUCGACUGACGCCACUAGACGUAGUUCAGCUAGAGUCAGAAGGGAACCCAAUCGAUAUGGAGAAUGGAUAAAUUAAGUGGCGCGUUGGAGAUAAGAGAGGGAGAGUUGUUAGGCCCUAUUCAAUGUUCUGGCAUGUUCACGCGCGCUUAAGAGGUACCCUAGAUACGAGCUAUUGGAAUGGCGUUUCUGGAAAAGCAAUACAUCGCGGUCUGCUUCAAUAAAAGAGAUCGAGUAUGCUGAUUCACUCCA